UCGUGCAGGAGGACGGGUCUCAAGGGAAGGAGAGGCAGGUCAGAGGCAGGUGGCUAGGCUGGCUAUGGUGACGGGAAGAUGCUGGCUAGAAAGAGCAUCAUCCCGGAGGAGUAUGUGCUGGCGCGCAUCGCGGCGGAGAACCUGCGCAAGCCGCGCAUCCGAGACCGGCUCCCCAGAGCCCGAUUCAUCGCCAAGAGCGGGGCCUGCAACCUGGCACACAAGAACAUCCGUGAGCAGGGACGCUUCCUGCAGGACAUCUUCACCACCCUGGUGGACCUGAAAUGGCGCCACACGCUGGUCAUCUUUACCAUGUCCUUCCUCUGCAGCUGGCUCCUCUUCGCUAUCAUGUGGUGGCUGGUGGCCUUUGCCCAUGGGGACAUCUAUGCUUACAUGGAGAAAAGUGGAAUGGAGAAAAGUGGUUUGGAGUCCACUGUGUGUGUGACUAACGUCAGGUCUUUCACCUCUGCUUUUCUCUUCUCCAUUGAGGUUCAAGUAACAAUCGGAUUUGGAGGGAGAAUGAUGACCGAGGAAUGCCCUCUGGCCAUCACAGUUUUGAUUCUCCAGAACAUUGUGGGUCUGAUCAUCAACGCGGUCAUGUUAGGCUGCAUUUUCAUGAAAACAGCCCAGGCUCACAGAAGGGCAGAAACUCUGAUUUUCAGUCGCCAUGCUGUGAUUGCGGUCCGAAAUGGCAAGCUGUGCUUCAUGUUUCGAGUGGGUGACCUGAGGAAAAGCAUGAUCAUUAGCGCCUCUGUGCGCAUCCAGGUGGUCAAGAAAACCACCACCCCUGAAGGGGAGGUGGUCCCUAUUCACCAACUGGACAUCCCUGUGGAUAACCCGAUUGAGAGUAAUAACAUUUUUCUGGUGGCCCCUUUGAUCGUCUGCCAUGUAAUUGACAAGCGCAGUCCCCUGUAUGAUAUUUCAGCCACUGACCUUGCCAACCAAGAUCUGGAGGUUAUAGUUAUUCUGGAAGGAGUGGUAGAAACUACUGGCAUUACCACACAAGCACGAACCUCCUACAUCGCUGAGGAGAUCCAAUGGGGCCACCGCUUUGUGUCUAUUGUGACAGAGGAGGAAGGAGUGUAUUCUGUGGAUUACUCCAAAUUUGGCAAUACUGUUAAAGUAGCUGCUCCACGGUGCAGCGCCCGGGAGCUGGAUGAGAAGCCUUCCAUCCUUAUUCAGACUCUCCAAAAGAGUGAACUGUCCCAUCAGAAUUCUCUGAGGAAGCGCAAUUCCAUGAGAAGAAACAAUUCCAUGAGGAGGAGCAACUCUAUCCGAAGGAACAACUCUUCCCUCAUGGUGCCAAAGGUGCAAUUUAUGACUCCAGAAGGAAACCAAAACACGUCAGAAUCAUGACAGCGAGACAACUUCAAGACUGCCUUUUAUCACGUGUUGAUGAUUGAUGCCAGGUACUGUCAAACUGAACCAGAGCUGGCACACAAUGAUUUGUCUUUCUCCAUUUUAAUGCACUAAAUGAUAUUCAUAUUCAAGCAACAGCACUUUCUGUAUUAAUAAACAGUAACACACAAAGUGGAGGAUUCGUGGCUCACACUUGUCUUGUACAUGCAGAAUUUGUAGUGAUGGCUUAAGUUAUGCAUAGGAAUUGGUACUCUCUCACUUCUCAAUUUGAAACCUAAGAAUGACAUAAACAGUAAUAGAACUUGAGUACAAAAUUUGGCCUAGGAAUGAGUCUGUUUCAAAUGCUUAGUUGGUGAAAUUUUCUGUCCUAUUGUUCAUUUUGGAAAUGAAAAUACAAUAGGAGGGGGAAAACCAAACUCAUGUUAACACCUUUUGUAUAUCAAGCUUCUCCUUUCUCCAUGAUACUGAACCUCGUAAGACGCCUGAGACAAAUACUGCUUAGAUCUAUCUGUUUCUAAGUGGACUCAGUUCAUUCACAAGGACCUUCAUAAUGACUUCCUGACGUUUCCUGGUCCUCUUCGUGGCAGCCUGUUGGGUAGAACUGGGCAAGAAGUCUUUGGAGAAUAGCUACGCCCUCUCUUAUUUAGCACUGAGUUCCCAGUAGUGACAGUCACUUCCUUUCACUUCUCACUUCCUACAAGCCCCCACAGCUAAAUACUGUAUUAAAUACUUUAUUAAAGCAUUUCCUUUUUA